GGCGGGGAUGCUGAGCGAGGAGGCCAUGCAGGCGGCGGCCGAGGAGGGGUCCAGCGGGGGGGGCAAGCUCUACAAGGCCCCCCCGCAGCCGCAACAGCAGCAACAGCAGCAGCGCAGCCCCUACAGCGCGCUCAAGACCUUUCCCGGCGGGCGGCGGCCGGCGCUGAGCAAGCGCUACGAGCGGCCCACCAUGGUGGAGAUCCCGCAGGUGCGGGCCGGGAUCGGGCCCUUCCAAGCGCAGCCGCUGCCGGCCGUCGCUUCCUCCUCCUCUUCCUCCUCUUCCUCAGCUCUGGGCGAGCCUCCCCCGCCCUACCCGGGCCCCUUCCGCGCUUCCCACGCGCCCCCGGCGCGGACUUCGGCCCCGCAGGUGGGAGCCCAAGCGCCGGCCGCCGCCUUCUCCACCUCCUCCUCUUCCUCCUCCUCUUCCUCUUCCUCCUCCUCCUCCUCCUCCUCCGCCAGGUACGGCCAGCAUCACCACCACCACCACCACCAUCACCACCAGGGGGCGCCAAGCAGCAGCGGCGGCGGCGGCGAGGGGCCUCUGGAGCUGAGCGCAGAGAGCCGUAUGAUCCUGGAUGCUUUUGCUCAACAGUGCAGCCGAGUUCUCAGCCUUUUAAACUGCGGAGGGAAACUUCUGGAGAAGAACCGCCCCCCGCCCCUGCCUUCUUGCGUCAAACAAGAGAGCCCGACUUUCAAUGAGAGGCCGGAGCAUUGCCAGCUCGGCAAAAUGGUCCACAGCCAGACCUCCGAAAACGUAGACUUCGAAUUGCAGUACAUGCAGAAGAAGCAGCAGACCUCAGCUUUCCUGAGGGUCUUCACCGAUUCCCUUCAAAACUAUUUGCUCUCGGGAGGCUUCACCUCGCAAAACGCCUCCUCGGCGGGGGAUUUCGGUCAUUUGGCCGACAUGGACCCGCUUUCCACCUCUCCGGUGCACACGUUAGGGGGAUGGGCUUCUCCGGCGACUUCGGAGUCCCACGGUCACCCGUCUUCUUCCACCCUCCCGGAGGAGGAGGAGGAAGAGGAGGAAGGCUACUGUCCUCGUUGCCAAGAGUUGGAGCAGGAGGUGAUUUCCUUGCAACAAGAAAACGAAGAACUCCGAAGAAAGUUGGAGAGCAUUCCAGUGCCCUGCCAAACUGUUUUAGACUACUUGAAGAUGGUCCUCCAGCAUCACAAUCAACUGAUGUUGCCGCAGACGGUGGAGCAGCCAGCAGAGGGGAGCAAGCAAUUGCUGAACAAUUAUCCCGUCUUCAUCACUAGCAAACAGUGGGACGAGGCCGUCAACUCCUCCAAGAAAGACGGGCGGCGUCUCCUUCGCUACCUCAUCAGAUUUGUCUUCACCACCGAUGAGCUUAAGUACUCGUGCGGCCUUGGGAAAAGAAAAAGGUCAGUGCAGUCAGGAGACACUGGUCCUGAAAGACGGCCUCUGGAUCCAGUGAAAGUAACAUGUCUCAGAGAAUUCAUUCGGAUGCACUGCACCUCUAACCCGGAUUGGUGGAUGCCUUCCGAAGAACAGAUCAACAAGGUCUUCAGUGAUGCAGUGGGACACGCUCGGCAAGGACGGGCAGUGGGGACAUUCCUGCACAACGGGAAUUCGUACUAUGAUGGGAUUGAUCAACAUAGUUCCCAUGACGACCUCUUCAGUAGAGGUAUCCAUGAUGGCUCUGGAGACUGAUGGCCGGAAGGAAGGUGAUCCAGAAGGAGACGCAAGGGAAAGACAAGAGACUGAGUGUUCGGUAUUCCAUUUAAAUGUGAAUUAAGAAUCCAAAGCAUGUUGAGGAUUGAGUUGUGUCCAAAGGAGUGUGUGUAAAAGUAGGAUUCCCCAGCCAGAUGUGCUGGCCUACAGCUCCCAUCCUCUUCCAGAGAGUGUGGUUGUGCUGUCAUUGGUCCCAGAUUGUGAGAAGCUGGUUUUAACACUAGUCUUGCAAGCAAAUAAGGAAGUACAGGUGAUCUUUGGAUUGCAACGGUACGUUUAGUUACAACGGCUUUGAAAAAAAGUGACCUACGACCGUCUUUCACACAACCAUUGAAGCAUGGGGAUCAAAAUCCGGACACUUGAUCCGGGGUCACGUGAUCCCCUUUUGUGACCGUCUGACAAGCAAAGUCAAUGGGGGAAGAAGUCAGAUUCGCUGUAUGGCUGUGUUAACUAAGUUAACAACUGCAGCGAUUCUGUGGCAGGAAAGGUCAUAAAAUUGGGGCAAAUGACACACUUAGCAUAUGUUUGUGGUUCCGUUGUGGUCAUAAGUCAAAUCAAGUCACCUGUUUCUGAGCAGUAGCAAUUUUUUUUUACCAUAUUUCCACCCCUGUUUUUAAUUUCAGAUGGAAGAAUAUUUUUUUUUUAAAAAAAAAUUUCCUCCGGGUUUUGCGUUGUUGGUUCUACAAGUCUACAGGCGUCCCUUCGGCGGUGCUGCCUCUCACUCGCCCACUCGAAUGUUGGAAAAAGUGGGAUUUCUCAUUGAAGACCCUCUCUCAUCAUCCAAUCGCCCCUCUUUUUCUCCUUUUCCAUUUGAGUGACGGGCAUUUCUGAAACUGUAACAUAGAAACACUUCCUGAUUGACUAGAAAUGUGCCAGAUAGGUCUUGCUUGAUGUACGGCCACUGUUAAGCCCAAAAUAUCUGUGGGUGCUUCAUCAU